UUGGGUGCUACUAUUAACCAAUGAGAGAAGCACAGACAGAAUACCUUCCGUUAGUAUAAAUAUUCGUCGUUUGUCUCCAGCUUUACUGUCUUUUUUCUUCCUUCAUUUACUUAGCUAACUCCCGGUUAUGUCUGGACGCGGCAAGCAAGGCGGUAAGGCUCGCGCCAAGGCCAAGACCCGCUCCUCCCGGGCCGGCCUGCAGUUCCCCGUGGGCCGUGUGCACCGUUUGCUUCGCAAAGGCAACUACGCGGAGAGGGUGGGCGCCGGCGCCCCGGUGUACCUGGCGGCCGUCCUGGAGUACCUGACGGCCGAGAUCCUGGAGCUGGCGGGCAAUGCGGCGAGGGACAACAAGAAGACUCGCAUCAUCCCGCGCCACCUACAGCUGGCCAUUCGCAACGACGAGGAGCUCAACAAGCUGCUGGGCCGUGUGACCAUCGCGCAGGGCGGCGUUCUGCCCAACAUCCAGGCCGUGCUGCUGCCCAAGAAGACCGAGAGCCACCACAAGGCCAAGGGCAAAUAAGCUGUUAAUUGUCGUGACAGCCCACAGGAAAGUUCUCCAAAACAAAGGCUCUUUUCAGAGCCACCCACAUUUUUCCAUAAAAUGGGCUGCCACUGCAUUGCGAAAUGUAUGAAGUUAGAGACCACUACUUUUCAACUUAAUGUGACCUU